AUGGAGCCAUCUAGCAAUUUUGAGACGCUGGAAACUAUGAACGCUAGCAAUUCCGCUAUCGAAGGCUACAAAAGGACUGACACAUUAAUCCAGACCACAAUAAGAAACAAAUUUGCUGAUUGUACAGUCCUUACCAUCGCGCAUCGGCUUCACACUGUUAUGGAUUCAGAUAAGGUGUUGGUGAUGGAUGCUGGACAAAUGGUGGAAUUCGAUCACCCGCACAUUCUGCUGAAGAAGAGCGACGGCUUCCUGCGGUCUAUGGUGGACCAGACCGGCAAGGUCAUGGCUGAAACACUCGCUAGAGUUGCACGGUACAAAAUCGAAGUGAUCGAUUAUAAAUUUGCUUUUGCCGCCACAAACCUGACUAGUUGA